CGCGACGUCUUUCCCCCGUAUUUCUCAUACAGCGAGAUUCCCCCGAUGCGCGGUGUUGAGCAUUCUAUCCAGCUCGUGCCUGACUAUCGUGUUCACCAUCAGGUACCGUACCGACUCUCGAUCCCAGAGGCGACGGAACUCAAGCGUCAGCUUAAGGAACUCCUUCGACUGGGUUUCAUUAAACCCAGUAACUCCCCUUGGGGUGCACCUGUCCUCUUUGCUCGCAAAGCGGACGGAACUCUCCGCCUCUGCAUCGACUACCGCGGCCUUAACCGUUACACGGUUAAGAACAGUUAUCCCAUGCCCCGCGCGGAUGAGUUGUUUGACCGUCUGGCAGGCAACCGCUUCGUCACGAAGAUCGAUCUUCGUAGCGGUUACCACCAGAUCCGCGUUGCCACAGAGGUUCAGCCGAAGACCGCCUUCCGAUCGCGCUUCGGCCACUACGAGUUCACGGUGAUGCCAUUCGGCCUCACCAAUGCCCCCGCCACCUUCCAGACGGCGAUGAACGACAUCUUCAGAGACAUCCUUGAAGAAUACGUUCUCGUAUACCUGGACGACAUCUUGGUCUACAGUCGUACCUUAGAAGACCAUAUCAGACACCUCCACGAUGUCCUACAACGGUUACACAAGCAUGGCUUCUAUGCCAAGCUCAGUAAGUGUCGCUUUGCCCAGCGCAAAGUGGAUUUCCUAGGACACCAUGUGUCUGACCAGGGUCUCCACAUGGACGACGCGAAGAUCACUGCUAUUGCAGAGUGGCCCGUCCCCACAUCUGCCAAGCAGCUUUGCAGCUACUAUAGUAAUUUUAUCCAGGGAUACGCUAGAUAUUCCUACGUCCUUACCUCUACCCUCCUCCGAAAGAACCCGCCGUGGUUUUGGACACCCCUGUGCGAGGACGCCUUUCGCGCCCUCAAGAAAGAGGUGACCUGUGCGCCGGUUCUUCACCUUCCCGAUUUUGAUCGUCCCUUUAUCGUCACCACCGAUGCGUCAGAUUUUGCAGUAGGAGCUGUACUUUCUCAGGUGUUUCCCUCUCCUCCAGAUUCACCUUACCCCUAUGUUCCUCCUUUCCCCCCCCCUCCUGCUGACACUGCUUCUCGACUGACGCCUACCCUCCCACCACUUCCCUCCACUGACAGUCCUCCUGUUACUUACUCCCCGACCAUCACGGAGGAUGGGACUGUCGAGGCUCGUGCUGGGGAUUGCCCGAUCGCGUUCUACUCCCGUCAGCUACUGCCAGCCAAGAUAAACUACACUGCCGAUGAACGUGAGGUUCUCGCAGUAGUUUAUGCUACCCGGCAUUGGCGUCAUUAUCUGCACGGGGCGCCCUUCACGGUGCGCACGGACAACUCAGUUGUGCAGGCUUUCCUCACGAAGCCUAAGCUUUCCCCUCGACAGGCAUGCUGGUGGCGUGACUUAUCCGAGUUCAGUUUCACCACUCAGCCCAUCAAGGGUGAAACGAACCGCAUCGCGGAUGCCUUGUCCCGCCGUCCUGAUCACAAUCAGGAACCCAUCCAUCUUACUGCCAUCUCCAUCACCACUGUUGAUCAGUCGGUGAUCGACGCGUAUCCCACUCAGCACCGCCACUGCCCCGAUUAUCACAUCAUCCACGCGACACUGCGGAGUAGCAAGACCGUUCCUUCCUACUCCCUUAGGGAGAACGGCCUCGUGUACUGGCAUGGCAGAUAUGACACUCGUUGCCCUGCGCUUGACGACUGGAUCGCCCACAUGGCAGCGAUUAUGAAGUGCGCACACGAGAGUUUAGCAGACUCUCAGACUCGCAUGGCCGCACAAGCGAAACGAUCACGAAUGGAUCAUCCAUUCAAAGUCGGUGACGAUGUGCUCGUCGACGCACGCCACUUACAGCUCGAAGCAGAUACGCUUCGCAAGUUCAGGCGUCGUUUCUUCGGUCCAUGCCGCAUCCUUCAAGCCGUCGGUUCUGAUACUGUCGCUAGUCCGGUCAGCUUCCGUGUGAAGCUACCUUAUUACCUUCGACAGGCUCGCGUACACGAUGUUUACCACGUCUCCUUGCUGCGUCCUUAUUGCAGACCGUCCGAGCGCUUCGCCGGACGCCCUUAUGAGCGCCCUCCACCUAUCAUGGUGGACGGUCAUGAGGAGUUCGUUGUUUUCGACAUCGUAUCACGCCGAGUUACCGACGAUACCCCUCCACGCAUCGAGUACCUUGUGCGUUGGAAGGGCUACCCUGAUGAGGAGGCUACUUGGGAGCCCCUCAAGCACUUGCAGCACGCCAGGAUGUUGGUGCGUGCAUACGAUCGUGCUCGUUGUGCUGAGAUGUCUGCCCCUGCUCAGCCGAUUGACCCUCUUCCUCCUCCUCCGGCUGAGGAGAUUGCUGAGGACGAGCCCGCUCCCUCUGAGGCCGUUCCUCAGCCGCAGACGGUCGCCUCCGAGCGUCCAGAGCGCACUCAUCAUCGCCCUUCGCAUUACGAUGACUGACACUCUUAUCCUCUAUCUUUCCCCUACUGACUCACACCAUCAGGUACUCCAUCAUCAGCUUCUUCAGGAUGUCAGCGUUUUGCGGCUCUGCUUCGACA